AGGGUCGUAAACAUGUCAUCAGGAACAGGUUCUGUGUAACUUGUGGUUUGGAAAAAACCACGCAUACAAAGAUACCGGUCAAGAUGAUGAUGUUGUUUACUCCUCGUCCCACUUCUUUUGUGUCGCUAGCUCUGGCGCUGCGGGUUUUCGUCACAUCGGAGGCAAGAGAGCCGGUUGUACCCAGUACGGUAGUACAAGUGUCGAAGGACCCCCCGCUGCAGCCGAUUCUAGUUCCGGUUGAGGAUGACGACGACCCGGACGACCCGGACGAUGAGUACACGUACGCGAAAGCACUCAAGUCUGACCCUUUUUUUUUCACGCGGACUUCGCGGUUGCGCCGUCGUUUCUGGCCUUCAGAUGUGGAGGGAAUUCAGUGGGACUUGCGGGGGCAUUUAUUGGAUGAGAGAGCGCCAGCCCCCUCGUGCAAGCGGAAGCCGAGAAAUUUAGGCGCGCUGUUGAAGGGGCGUGAGAGCGCAACACCAGUCGAAACGUGCCUUUUACCGGAUAAGACGGAAGGGCUCAAGCUGCCGGCGGAUAGUGCGAUGGACAGUCUGCGCGCAGCAGUAGAGACGGUCUUCCCGACGACGCAGGCGAAAGCGGAAACUUCAGCAACGACGAGCGCUGAGGGAAGAAUCGCAGAUAAUGUCCUCAACAUUUGCGUUCUGGGUCCUCUAGAUCGACACUACCUGCGCACCUCGGUCCGGCCGCUGGUCCAGUUUACAUCCGAGGAACCGACGCGGCGACUGCGGCUCAUCGCCCCCCGCGAUCAGCUGACGGAGGUGAAGGACGACCUUCUCUCCCUCCUUCCUACCGCAGACCAGUUGCAAUUGCUGCCACAGGAGCACGUCUCUCCCAUCGAUUUCGACGUACCGGAAGACGAGCAGCCUGCAAGUCUGAAAGAGCUCCGCGCGUGGAGUGCACACACCGUCGGAAGUGGCGAUAGUGGUAGCGACAACAUCUUCACUGAGAAACGAAGCAAUACUACCGAAAUAAAUGUGAAAAGAACUGGGUGUCACGUGCUCUCCCUGCAUGCUGGUUCCCAGGGGUUUCACGGGGAGCUGCUGAAAGCGCUGAGCGGAAACCUGCCCCGAACACUGCUUCUGUUCGACGCACACGAGUUAUUACAAUGAAAAAUGCCCCCCCCCACCCCCGAACUUGGGAGCAUUUGUAUUGCAAACCUUUCCAAAUGAAACAUUCGCCGUCUUGCAUCUAUCAGCAUCACAAGUUUCCAAUCGUGAAUAGCAAAAAUAAUUUGUAUUGCAAAAAACCCCAGCUCCAGCAAGAGCGGGGCUUGUCAUGCAAGCGAUGCGAUACACGCCUAGACUCUGCAUCAGAAAGAUUCAUACUCCUCUCAUGCAUGACAAAAAGUUUUCAUUUGGAAACUUCGCAUCACACACGCGGCGCGGUUGUUUUAGCAUCACACGUGUUUGCAAUUUCAGGGGUGGGGGGCACUUUUCACUGUAGUACGAGUGCGACCGGGGCGCGAACCGGGUCCACUGCAGCUUACUUUUGGCGCAGUUUCGUCGGAGCCACUGCGGGACCCCGGAGGUUCUUGCACAAUUAGAAGCACAACAUGAUCACAGCCACGAGGAACUACAUUGGCAGAACAAGCAAAGAGCUACUGAAAAUAAUCCAAAACAACUGCCUCUGGGGCUGUGGAACCCGGAUUGCUUCGCGACGGACGCGAAUAAUGUCGUGCAGCUCCCGGUGAGAAGUUCCUGCGUGUGUGUUGCGGACCCGGACCGGUUCGUUGACGCGGAAGACCACCUGGCGGUUUUGGAGGAUGAGCAAUGUCGGGAGUUUCAGUCCCCCUCCGCCCGGUUUGAACAGCUGCACUUGAUGGAGCGGUUUCAGCGGCGGAGCCAACUCCGACGGACGUGGUCGCUGCCCGAAGCAAACGACCGUAAUAUAAUGGACUGGGCUGCAGAGGAGGAGGCGGUGAAAACGUCCUCUUUCGAGGUGUUCGCUGCGGUGGAAGAGGAUUAUGGUGCGGAGGACAAAAUAAUCGAGGGAAAAGAUCAUAAAAUUGCAGAUAAAGAAGACGGGGUUGGAGUUGCAAAUACAAGUGCUGAAGAACUUUCUGUGCCAGAAGAGGACGACCCUGAAAUAGCUCAUCCAGGUGAAGAGAAGUUCAAUAUCACGCGCGGGGAGUUCCUCGAGCACCACGGGUUCCCAACGAAUUUGUUCCAGAAAAAUGCGCGCAGCCAGGAAAAAUUUCUCGGGUACAGUCAGUGGCGCCAGGACUGGUUUCUGUUCCACAACUUCUUUCGCUACAGCCCGAGCAAUGGGAGGCAGGGGUUCUUCCUCGAUCUCGGCGCCUCGCAGCCGACGAUAUUGUCGAACACCGCGGCGUUCGAAAAGUGUCUGGACUGGAAAGGACUCUGCGUGGAGCCGAACCCCAGUCGGAUCCCAGCCCUGCUAACCUACCGGAACUGUUUGGUCGUGCCCUUCUGUGUGGCGAAAAAGGAAAAAGUUCUCACGCUCAUGACCGACCACGCAGGCGCGGCGGAGGGCAUGGCGUCGGAGGCUGCGGAGCCCAGUGCCGUGCCGGACAAGGAGUUUGAAGACGAGAACGCGGUGGACUCUCUGUGUUUUCGGCUGGAGAAACUUUUGGAUCAAAUCAGCGUCGGAAGUGCCUCAGAGGUCAGGCACGCGAAGAGCAGGCUUGAUGGUGGAGGACAGAGCGGAAGCGGCAUCGUGGAUGAUGCAGACGAUGUAGUAGAAGAGGGGCUGACUAUAGAUCUCAUUUCUCUUGACGUCGAAGGCCAGGAGGUCGAUAUUUUGGAAAAGUUCCCCUUCAAUAAGUUUUACAUCCGCGUGUUUCUCAUCGAAACGGACCACAGCAACUCCCUGAAACUGGACAUCCUCUUGAUUGCCGGGGGGUACGUAAAGGUUGCCUUGCUGGGGAAAGAUGCCAUGUACAUCCACCACAAGUUUGCGAAAGAGCUAGCGACGUGGGGAAAGGAAAAUCCGCUCGCCGUUGAGUACCCGGAAUACGUCACAAUACAUCCCUAUUACGAGCAUUUUUCCACCUUCCAGCGCCGGUUUCUAGACCCCGACUUCGGGGAAAGAAGAUGAUGAAAAGGGGAAAGGGAGAUGCACUCCUGAAAAAGGAGGGGUGAGGAAGCAUGUGGAAGCAUGACAGUUGUAGUUUUUUUUUGUAAGUAGCUGGAAAACAACAAGAAAAGGUAGAACAGUAAAGAAUUGUAUAUUGAAAAUCUCGGGAAUAAUGAUCACGAAAACCGCGGGAAUAAUGAUCCUACCGGUACUAGUCUCGGUGGCCUGACUUUGCAACAGUUCCAAAAUCGGGAUAAGGUUAAAGACUUGCAAGUACCGUCUGCGUCCGGCUCCCAGCAGCAACAGCAACAAGCUUCUACGUCUUCUGGUAGCAACAUCAACAAUUCUUCUAAAAGUAAUGCUGUUAAUACCGGUGCCAGAUCCUCCAGUCCUUCAGCCGGUUCGUCUCUGGCUCGACGCAUGCAGGACACGCACCUCUCGGACGAAGAUGAUGAUAUGAAGGAGGAAAAUAGUCGUGAGGACCGGUCUAACAAGCUGCAGCGUACUAAUCGUGAAGGCAGGCAUCGGGCCCGCAGUAAGAAUUCGGACCCACGAUCCAGCCGUGAGGAAAAUCGUAGCCGGGAACGCGAAAGAAAGACGCCAGCAAACAGUCCAGGCGGCAGCCCCUCCCUCCAGCCGCAAGACAAAAAUAAAACGAAUCAGAACCCGUUUACCCAGCGGGCUGAAGAUAUGAAUGGAGUGGAGGAAGUUAGAGGAUAGAUUGCUUUCGGCUUCACGAAUAUUGCUUACAACUAAUUAAUCGCUUUCGCAUUAAUCACACCGAUGGUUGCCUGAAGUGCAUCAGGCGUGAGAACCGGGAUGACAUUUUGAUGCGCUCUAUUUUUACUUGUAUUCGCAUUUGCAUACUCAUCUCUGUGCUGUUUUGCAGUGCAUCAAUCACUUGGCUCUUUAUUUCCUGCAUUUGCAUGACUUACUGUUUGCUGCCGCACGGGCAGCCAUUUACGUCUGAUGAGCGCGUCUUUGCUACAGGAUGGAAAAUUUGAAACUUGUAUGUUUUGGUGAGGAGUUCUCCCUUUUCCCUUUCUUCUGAAAUGAUGUGCUUUGGACAAAACCGAUGCUCAGUCGUAAAUAUAUUUGUGUUGCAUAAAUGAGCUUUUUCGCACGUUCACACACAAAUUUGUAUUGCAAAAAUCUUGGUUCUCGCAUGAUCCGGUUUUGUUCUUGGAUAAAUGCCAACUCUCGAAAGCAGCAUCACAAAAAUGCAUUACAAGUUGCGCUUUCUUAUGCUGAGUUCUUCCCCAUGCAAAAUCAUAAUAAGGUCCUGAGAUCGGAAGAUCCAAAGGAUGAAAGUUCAAAAAGGAAAUUAUAAUCAGGCUCUUUCUUCAUGCUUUUCAUUAUUCAUGCUGUUUUUCAUUAUAUUUUUGAGGUGACUAACCAGAAAUAACUAGCUAUCUAGCAUAGGCACUAUCGUAUUUUGUUAGGUUUACGAUUAGGACGUGGUAUACGCUAGCUGCGCAAGUCGGUUAACAGUGAACCGGUACCCACGGGUGUUGACCGAUCGACCUAUUGCCAGCUAGGGGAGCACCCAUGCGGUGGCAGGAUCCAGCGCCCCUAGGUCGGGGGCGCUCCUGCCUUCGCCGUAUGGGACCCCGUGGGCAGAAGUAUCCACUCGCGCGCCGCGCCCGCUCUAGUUAGGGUCUACUUUCGUUCCUCUUCUUCUCUUCAUUCAAACACGACAGGAUAAGCACACAAAAAUACGCAGUUCGCCCCGGCUACAGUGAUCUACUUAAACUUCAAUUUUGAUUUUACAUUGCAAUAUAUUGAAAAUCUAGAUUAAGGGGAAAAGAAGUUAGUUGUUGGUCUUCGUCAGUAGCUGGAAAACAGCAUUAAAAGUUUGGAUAAAAGGAACAAAAAAGUUAGUUUUCAGUAGCUGGAAAACAGCAAAAAGCAAGUAGAACAGGAAAAAGUCAAAACUUUUGGAAAAAAAAGGAAAAAGAGAUUAGGAAACGCGGCAAGAUUUUUUUGUCCAAGGAACACGCAAGUUGUUGAUCAGAUGAGGCGCAAGUCCAAAAAACCAGAGGAGACAUAUUUAUACGGUCCAACACUGUUCAG